UUGAGAACAGGCCGCUGAGGGGCGCUGUUGCCGCCGGCGUGGUUAUCUUUGCUGCGUACUUCAGGCUGGACCCGUGUGUCCAAAGACAAGUGCCGUUUUCAGGGGGUGUGGUAUCUGAGAAGAGAAUAUAUAAGCCUCAAGUCUCAAAGCUGAAGACUCCAGCAACAGCAGCAGCAGCAACAGCAACAGUAGCAACAGCAACAGUAGCAGCAGCCGUUUUGGACAACACUGCAUCCACAGGAGCUAAAGCUACAGCUGCAGUCAUGCCCUCCUACCAAGUUCAAAACAAAAAAGACAGAGCACAGGAAAAAUCCAAGUCGUUGCAGAAACUAAUCCACUAUACAGAUGUGCACGGUCUGCCAUGCAUUGAGAAGAUCGUGACCUCAGUGGAGGACGUCCCUGAGUCCAUCAACACCGACAUCACUGGCACGAUUCCAGAGUGGAUCGAUGGAAACCUUCUGAGGAAUGGACCUGGAAAGUUUGAAAUUGGAAAUCAGAAGUUUAACCACUGGUUCGAUGGCAUGGCUCUCCUGCACCAGUUUAAAAUAUCUAAGGGUCAGGUGACCUAUAAAAGCCGUUUCUUGUCCAGCGACAGCUACCAGACCAACAAAGAGUGUAACCGCAUCGCAGUGUCUGAGUUUGGCACACUAACCAUGCCUGACCCCUGUAAAAACUUCUUCCAGAGAUUCAUCUCCAGGUUCGAAAUGCCAAAGGCCACAGAUAACGCCAAUGUGAGCGUUGUGACCUACAAAGGGGAUUAUUACGUCAGCACCGAAACCAACAUCAUGCACAGGGUGGAUCCUGAGACCCUGGAGACCACUGCGAAGGUGAACUGGACCAAAUUCAUUGCUGUGAACGGCGCCACUGCACAUCCUCAAACAGACCCUGAUGGAACCACCUACAACAUGGGGAAUUCCUACACCCUUAAAGGAUCACACUACAACAUCAUCGUGGUGCCUCCAAACAAAACCAGCGAUGAAGAUGAGACACUGGAGGGAGCCAAAGUGCUGUGCUCCAUUCCGGCAGUAGACAAGCGCAAACCGUCCUACUACCACAGCUUUGCCAUGUCUGAGAACUACGUGGUGUUCAUCGAGCAGCCCAUCAAGAUGGACCUGUUGAAGAUAGUGACGGGGAAACUGAGAGGAAAAAGUAUCAGUGAAUGCUGUUACUGGGAUCCAACUCUUAACACCAUCUUCCACCUAAUUCACAAGAAGACAGGGGAGGUCAGCUCUGUCAAGUAUGUGGCCCAGGCUUUUUCAACCUUCCACCAGAUCAAUGCGUUCGAGGAGGACGGCUUCUUGAUCGUAGACCUGUGUGCCUCAGAUGAUGGACAGGCGAUCAAUAACUACAACAUCCAGAACCUGCGCAAGUCUGGAGAAGCUCUUGAUGAGGUGUACAACACUUUAUGCAGAGUAUUCCCACAGCGAUUCGUGCUGCCACUUAAGGUGGACGAUGACACACCCUAUCAGGAAAACCUCAACAAAAGGCCCGACAGCACGGCCACUUGCACAAGAACUGAGAAGAACAAGGUGUUCGUUACCCAUGAGGACCUGCACGGGGACGAUCUUCAGCAGUACGGUGGUCUAGAGUUUCCUCAGAUCAACUAUGGCAAGUACAACACCCGGCCUUACCGCUACUUCUAUGGCUGUGGCUUCAGACACCUGGUGGGAGACACGUUAAUCAAGAUGGACCUUCAAGGAAAACACAUGAAGGUUUGGGAGGAAUCUGGUCUGUAUCCUUCUGAACCAAUCUUUGUCCCCUCCCCUGAGGCCACAGAGGAGGACGAUGGUGUCAUUUUGUCUGUCGUCAUCACUCCCAACAAGGACAAGAGCACGUUCCUCCUGGUACUGGAUGCAAAGACAUUUGAGGAACUGGGUCGUGCUUCGGUGCCUGUCAACAUCCCCUACGGUUUCCAUGGCACAUUUAGUGCCGCAUCAUAGAAAUGUGAUGAGGGAGCUGACAACAUAACUAACAUAAUGUAAAUAAUGACUUUUUAAACUGUUGCUCUUUUCUGCUGCUUCUUUUUGUAUAUGUAAAUGUAUUGCCUUAUACACCUAUAAUAUAAAUGCAAAGUUUGCUUGAACUAUAAAAAAAAUGUAGCCAUUAAAUGGAGCGGGACACAUUUGAGUUCUGUAAUGUAAAAUGUGAAAAAAAAAAUAAACACACAUAAUAACAC